ACGCCGAAUCAAUGCUGCUGCUGAUGACUGUCGCCUGCAGGAGUGCCAAGCAGCUCCUUUUAUCCGGCUAUAUGUAACAGCCAAGUGGCCCAAACUUGUUUCUCCUCUUUCUCUCUCUCCAGGGAGGUACUGCGACAACACUGGGUUUGAUUAAUUUCCAUCUUCUUUUCACUUGAAGCCGGCAAAAAGAGACAAAAUGCCGAAAGCGGUCAACAUAAAUGUCAACAGCAUGGACUCGGAGCUGGAGUUUGCCGUCCAGCCCAACGCCACCGGCAAAAUUGUGUUUGAUCAGGUGGUGAAAACACUUGGCAUACGUGAAAUUUGGUACUUUGGACUUCAGUACAUGGAUGGAAAAGGUUAUCUCACUUGGCUGAAACUGGACAAAAAGGUGUUACACCAGGAUGUGACGAAGGAUAACCCGCUCCACUUUAAGUUUCGGGCCAAGUACUUUCCAGAGGAAGUGGCCGAGGAGCUCAUCCAGGAACCCACACAGAAGCUCUUCUUCAUGCAGGUGAAAGAGAGCAUCCUGACCGACCAGGUUUACUGUCCGCCUGAAACGGCGGUGCUGCUCGCCUCCUACUCUGUCCAAGCCAAGUAUGGAGACUACAACAAAGAGACUCAUCGGCCGGGAUACCUGGCUUCCGAACGCCUGCUUCCACGGAGAGUGUUGGAGCAACAUAAGUUAUCAGAGGACCAGUGGGAGGAGAGGAUUCAGGUGUGGCAUGAGGAGCACAGCGGGAUGCUCAAGGACGACGCCAUGAUGGAGUACCUGAAGAUCGCUCAGGACCUGGAAAUGUAUGGCGUCAACUACUUUGACAUCAAGAAUAAGAAGGGAACAAUGCUGUGGCUGGGAGUGGAUGCGUUGGGACUCAAUAUUUAUGAGAAGGAAGACAGAUUGACCCCAAAGAUCGGCUUCCCUUGGAGUGAAAUCAAAAACAUCUCCUUCAAUGACAAAAAGUUCACCAUCAAGCCCAUCGACAAACGAUCACCAGACUUUGUUUUUUAUUCGCCGAGACUGCGCAUAAACAAGCGCAUCUUGCAGCUGUGCAUGGGCAACCACGAACUCUACAUGGGCCGCCGUAAGCCGGAUUCCAUCGAGGUGCAGCAGAUGAAGAAUCAGGCCAGAGAGGAAAAGCUACAGAAACAGAUGGAGAGGGCCCAGCUGGAGAGCGAGAAGAAGAAGAGGGAGGCCAUUGAGAAGGAGAAGGAGAUGAUGGAGCGGGAGAAGAAGGACAUGAUGAUGAGGCUCUACCAGUUUGAGGAGAAGACCAAAAAGGCAGAGAAAGAUCUGCAGGAACAGACACGGAGAGCCUUGUUGCUGGAUCAGGAGCGUUUAAAAGCCGAGCAGGAAGCCGCUCGCCUGGAGGCCGAGCGUCAGGCCGCCCUGUUGGCUAAAGAAGCUCUGGCUCGCCAAGCCGAGAACCAGAUGAAGAGCCAAGAGCAGCUGGCUGCAGAGCUGAGGGAGCACACAGCCAGGAUCGCUCUGCUGGAGGAGGCCAAGAAAAUGAAGGAGAAUGAGGCGGACACAUGGCAGCUGAGGGCCAAAGAGGCCCAGAAUGAUCUGAUGAAGACCAAGGAAGAGCUCCAAGUGGCGAUGAUGACGCCGCUACCUCCGCCUCCACCUCCUCCCAUGUACGACCAACUGGACGACAACAGCGACGAGGAGAACAACAGCAUGCAUAGCGCCGACCUGCGCAUCGACGGCUUCCACGACCACCGCAAGGAGGAGGAUCGCCUGACAGAGGUCCAGAAGAACGAACGUGUCCAGAAACAGCUGAAGACGCUGACCGACGAGCUGGCCCACGCACGCGAUGAGUCCAAGAACACCCGGAACGACCUACUCCACUCUGAGAACGUGCGAGCCGGCCGGGACAAAUACAAAACCUUGCGACAAAUCCGGCAGGGCAACACCAAGCAGAGGAUCGACGAGUUUGAGGCCUUAUAAGGAAGGUACCUAGGGACCGCCGCCCCCCCUCCCCCUGACGUAGCCUUGUAAUUCUAACCCUUUCUGAUUGGUCAGUCACUCGUGGCUUGUUGUAAAAACCUUGUGCCAAACUGCUUUGUCUUCUUUGAGUGAUGGAGUGAUGCACGGUGACCACUCAGAAAGGGCAACAUAAUGAAUGUUUUUGUGUUUCGUAUGGCUCUACGUUAAAUUCACGCCUAGUUUUAAUAUUUAUAACAUAUACGGGACAUUAAAAAAAGGGUAUUUCAUCUUGGUUUGUUUGUAUGUAUGUAUGUAUAUUUUUGCUAUCAAAAAUGAAAAUGCCCUGCGACCCUAGUGAGGAUUAAGCGGCACAGAAAAUGAUUGAACGAAUGAUGAAAACUAGGCUUAUAUAUACAGUGGAUCCCCGAUUUGGCAUUCGUGGCCCCCCAAAUUUGUAGAUUUUAAAAAAUAUUUAUUUAACAUUUCCUGCAGAAAUCUCAUACAUGAUACCACAGGUAAAAUGUACAACAUACAUAUAUAGUGCUGUUAUUUGAUAUUUCUCAACUGUUGAGAUUUUGCACUGAUCUCGAACGCACCACAGUUGCUGACGUAAAAGUUAAACUUCUACACUGUGAUUCAUAUUCCAUCUGUUCGUGGGUCAUCUUAACAUUAUUAUGCAUUUGUAGUGAGAACUUUAAAAUGUGUUUAAUAAGUGUGUGAGGCAUAUUGAAGGGAGACAGGGAGCUGAAUCAAAUCCACUGAUUACACGUUUAGUUUUCACUUGCUACUCUUACUGCGUUUGCAUGUUCUCCCCGUGCAUGCGUGGGUUUUCUCCACGUACUCCGGUUUCCUCCCACAUUCCACAUUUAAUUGCCGACUCCAAAUUGUCCAUCGGUAUGAAUGUGAGUGUGAAUGGUUGUUUGUCUAUAUGUGCCCUGUGAUUGGCUGGCGACCAGUCCAGGGUAUACCCCGCCUCACGCCUGAAGACAGCUGGGAUAGGCUCCAGCACUCCCCGCGAUCCUCGUGAGGAUAAGCAGUAGAAAAUGAAUUAAUGAAUGUAUAAAUACUCUUAAUGCAAAUUUCUAUAUGUCAACGUUUGGAGGUCAAUUCCUCGUCAAUUUUUGCCAACUCUUGUAAAAAAGUGGGGAUCUACUGUCUAUAUAUGUAUCUAUACGGUGAAAAGAUAUGUUCCCUGCUUUGAAUUGUAAAUGAUUGUGCUGUGGUUAUUUUAAAUGUUCAUCAUCCAACAACAUGCCAUUCAAUCAUAUCGUUUACGUUGCUAUUUAGCUGACAGUGUUGUCGUCGUGAAGCUCCCAAAAAAGGGCCUCCUUGAGGUGAAUGUUUUAUGAAGUAUUUGAAUUUAACACCAAGGUCACCAACCGGGCUCGGACCGUAACAGCGAAUACUGGAACAGAAAAAAAAAAACAUCUUUGUAUUUGAACACACAUUUUUGCCAAUAAAAUAUGUGAUCAUCA